CAGCAGAGCCCCUGCCAGGAGACAGGCACAGGAUGGGCUCUCAGUACCCACAGUCUGUGCGGGUCUAUCUGCCUUUGUGGGCCUUAACCUGGGAGGUAGCUUUCAUUCUCCUUUUCCUCUUUUUCACCUCCUAUGACACUGGUCCACUGGAUGGGAGGAAUCUCCAGAGAUACCAUGCAGUUUUCCAGGAUGUUGCUGUCAUGGGAGCGCUUGGCCUGGGCUUCUUCACCUCAUCUUUGCGGAGAUUUGGCUGGAGCAGUGUGGCCUUCAACCUCUUCAUGCUGGCCCUAGGGGUGCAGUGGGCAGUUCUCCUGGAGGGUUUCCUGGAAAAGUCCUUCACCGUCACCGGCAAGAUACUCAUCAAACUGUCCAGCAUCCAUCAGGCCGCCAUGAGUGCUAUGUGUGUGCUGAUCUCAGUGGGGGCUUUCCUGGGAAAAGCCAACCUCUUGCAACUGACCCUGACAACAGUGGUGGAGGUGACAGCUUUUGAGGCAGUGAAGACAGCUUUCAGACACAUCUUCAACAUGAACCAACAUGAGAGCAUGAUGUACAUCCAUGUAUUUGCAGCCUAUUUUGGACUGACUGUGGCCUGGUGCUUCUCAAAGUCUCUACCUAAGGGAAAGGAAGGAAAAGAUCAGACAGCAACCAGCAGCAGUUUGUUUGCCAUGCUGGGUUCUCUCUUCUUGUGGAUGUUCUGGCCCAGUUUCAACUCUGCUCUGCUGGGCUCUCUGGACGGCAGGAGGAAGGCUGUACUCAACACCUACUAUGCUCUUGCAGUCAGCGCAGUGACAGCCAUCUCCGUAUCAGCCUUGGCUCGGCCCCAGAGGAGGAUCAACAUGACUCAUAUCCACAAUGCGAUGCUGGCAGGAGGCGUGGCUGUGGGCACCACAUGUCACGUGAUCUCUUCUCCUUGGUUGGCCAUGAUACUGGGUCUUUUGGCUGGGUUGAUCUCCAUCGGGGGAGUCAAGUGCCUGCCGGUGUGUCUUAACCGCGUGCUAGAGAUUCAUGACACCUGUGGGCUGCACUACACGUUCGGCUUGCCGGGGCUGCUCAGCGGGAUCACCUCCAUCAUGCUGAAGAUGUAUCACGUCAGCUGGACCAAUAGUCCCAUGAUUGGCUACGUGGCACUCACUGAAAUUGGGGUUCUCAGCUUGGCUAUGGCUGGCGGUCUGUUGUCUGGUCUCCUGACAGGUUUGAUCUUAAAACUCAAAAUAUGCAAAGCACAUCAUGUGACUAAAUAUUUUGAUGACCAAGCUUUCUGGGAGUUUCCUCAUUUGGCUGUUGGAUAUUAAGCAAAAUCAUCCAAGAAAAACAAGACCUGUUUGAGAACAAGACAUCUUCCUUUCAUUGCUGGCCACCUUUGUGUGUGUGACACUUUGUUACAACAAAGUCUUUUUAUGUACAAUGACAUAAGGUCAGAUAGUUUGAUAUUAAAAAUGAAAAUUAAAACCACA